ACGUGAGUGAUCCGCGCUAGCCCACCAAAGGUGGCUUCUUGCACAUUUUGAAGAGAGAGAAAGUUAGUUUGGAGACGUUACCGGAUUCGAACUGCUUUUAUUCGCCGGAAUUUGGGAUUUCUCUCACGUCCGGUUAGGGUUGAUUUUGUUAUUUUUCCCUCUUUCACUCUUCGGAUUUAGGAGCACCUGAUUGCCGGUGUUUUUCUUGGGAACAGAUCGAUUUUUGUUACUCUUUAUGACGGUGGAGUUAGGAUCUGCGAUCUUGGGUGGAUUAUGAUGUUUACGCCGCAGAAGAAAGUGUGGUCGGGUUGGCUCUCGCCUGGAGCAGAGAAGAACGGUUCCGUCUCGGGCAAUUCGGACCCUAAUUCAAGCCCUAGGGACAAGGGUUUUGCAACUGGUGAUUCUACACCCAAGGGUUUGGUAUCCAACGCUGGGAUUAUGGAUCAAGAACUUGUAAUUGAAAAGAUUUCUAAGCUCGAAAAGGAGCUCUAUGAAUACCAAUAUAACAUGGGCCUUCUCCUUAUUGAGAAAAAAGAAUGGGUCUCCAAAAAUGAACAAUUUGAGCGAGCAUUAGUCGAAACCCAAGAGCUCCUUCAGCGUGAGAAAACAGCACAUCUUAUUGCUAUAUCAGAGGUGGAGAAGCGAGAGGAGAAGUUGAGGAAAGCAUUGGGAAUUGAAAAACAGUGUGUCCAUGAGUUAGAGAAGGCUUUGCGUGAAAUGCGCUCAGAAUAUGCAGAAAUAAAGUUCACUGCUGAUUCGAAGUUGGAGGAAGCACAUGCUUUGUCUACUAGCGUUGAAGGGAGAUCGUUGGAGGUAGAGGCAAAGUUACGUGCUGCUGAUGCUAAGCUUGCUGAGGUGAGCAGGAAGACUUCAGAGAUUCAGAGGAAAUCAGUUGAGAUUGAGGCGAAAGAAAUUUCACUCAUGAGAGAGCGCAUGUCAUUUAAUGCAGAGAGGGAUGCACAUGAGCUCAAUCUCUCUCACCAAAGGGAGGACUUGAGAGAAUGGGAGAAAAAGUUACAAGAGGGAGAGGAGAAGCUGGCUGAGGUCCGCAGAUUGCUCAACCAAAGAGAGGAGCGGGCAAAUGAUAGUGAUAGAAUAUUCAAACAAAAACAACUUGAACUUGAAGAAGCACAGAAGAAGAUUGACAUGGCUCAUUCAGCUCUGAAAAGUAAAGAAGAUGAAAUAAGCACAAGGACAGAAAACCUAACUUUAAAAGAGAAGGAAGCUGCUGCUUUGAGAAAGAAUUUAGAGGUUAGGGAGAAGGAAUUACUAGAGCUAGAGGAGAAGCUGAAUGCGAGAGAACAGGUAGAGAUUCAAAAACUUUUGGAUGAACACAAGGUCAUCCUGGAUGCGAAGGCGCAUGAUUUUGAGUUGGAAAUGGAACAAAAGAAAAAAUCACUGGAAGACGAUUUCAAAAGCAAGGUUGUUGAGGUGGAGAAAAAAGAAGUUGAAGUCAAUCACUUGGAAGGAAAAAUUGCAAAACGGGAACAGGCACUAGAGAAAAAACUCGAGAAAAUGAAAGAGAAAGAGAAGGAAUUCGAUUUGAAGUCAAAAGCUUUGAAAGAGAAGGAAAAGUCCCUUAAAGCCGAGGAGAAGAACUUGGAGAAUGAAAGGAAACAACUAAGCAGUGAGAUGGAGAAUUUGUUAAGUCUCAAGGCCGAGCUUGAAAAGAUAGGUACUGAAAUUGAAGAACAAAGAUCAAAGCUAAAUGAAGACCGUGAAAGACUACAAGUAACAGAAGAAGAGAGGUCUGAGCAUGUCCAUCUGCAGUCAGAAUUAAAGCAAGAGAUAGAAAAGAACAGGCAAGAGAGGGAAGCAGUUUUGAUGGAAAGGGAGAAUCUGAAGCAGGAGAAGGAGAAGUUUGAAAAAGAAUGGGAAGAACUUGACGAGAAAAGAACUGAGAUAAAGAAGGAAUUAGAAUCUGUUGCUGCACAGAAGGAAAAGGUGGAAAAAUUGAAUCAUUUAGAAGAAGAAAGGUUGAAUAAUCAGAGGUUGGAAACACGGGAUUAUGUAGAGAGAGAGUUGGAGGCUCUUAAGUUGGCUAAAGAAUCGUUUGCUGCUAAUAUGGAGCACGAGAAGUCUGUCUUAGCAGAAAAAUAUAAUAGUCAGAAAUCCCAAAUGCUUCAUGACUUUGAAGUGCAGAAACAAGAACUUGAGACUGAAUUGCAGAACAAAGAGGUAGAUAUUGAGAACCGCAUGCGUGAACGGGAAAAAUCAUUUGAAGAAGAAAGAGACAGGGAGCUAGCUAAUGUCAAAUACUUGAGAGAUGUUGCAAGUAGAGAAAUGGAAGAGAUGAAAUUAGAAAGGGUACGGCUAGAAAAGGAAAAGCAGGAUACAUUUGUAAAUCAGAAGCAUCUUGAAGAGCAGCAGCUUGAAAUGAAAAAAGAUAUUGAUGAGCUUGUUGGCCUUAGCAUGAAGUUAAAGGACCAGCGAGAACAAUUCUUUAAGGAAAGGGAGCGGUUUAUUGCAUUUGUUGAGAAACAAAAGGGCUGCAAGGACUGCGGGGAGAGAGUUUCAGAGUUCGUCCUCUCAGAUCUUCAAUCUUUAGCUGAGAUAAAGAAUGCAGAUAAUUUUCCUCUGCCAAAGCUAGCUGAUGGUUAUUUGAAGGAAGCUGUCCAGGGUACUUCCGAGAGACCGAAUGUUGGGACAUCCUUGGGUGUGGCUAACUCAGGAUCUCCUGCUUCUGGUAGAACCUUGACCUGGUUGCGAAAAUGUACCUCAAAGAUUUCUAUAUUCUCAGCAGGGAAGAAGCUUGAAUAUGAAGCGGGUCAAAAUAGUACAGGGGCAACACAGGCACAAGAGAAGCUUGUAGAUGUUGGAGAAAUACCGGAAUGUAUAUUGAGCUCUGAGGAUGAACCAGAAGUGUCGGCUAGAGUUGCAUCAGAUUCUUUUGAUGUCCAGAGGAUUCAAUCCGAGUCCAACACCAGACAGGUGGAUGCUGGCAUAGACCAAUCAGCCGAUGAUCUUAGAAACAUCAACAGUCAGGCACAUGACAUUGAGGAAGUUUCUCAGCAGCCUGAUAGGAAUGAAGGUCAGAGUAAGCCGACCAAUAGGCACAAAACUAGAGCUACCAGAGCAGCAAGUGCUUAUAAGGAAAUUGUUGAUCAUGCUGCCACUAGCGAAAAUAAUGGCAGUGAGAGUGCCAACGGUGUUGCAGAAAACUCUGCUUUCACAAAUGAAGAGAGCCAGGGAGUAUCGGAUCUGGGUAUCAAAGGAAUGUCAAAAGGUGGAAGAAAGCGAAGCCGUAAGACCACAAAUGAACAAGAUCCUAACUACAGUGAACAUUCAGAUAGCAUCACUGAGGGCCACAGGAAGCAGAAAGUUGCUAAAGGUGUAGAAGCUCCUCAAGUAAGACGAUACAACCUUCGUCGACCCAAGAACAGAGUCCCCGUGGCUGGUGAUGGAGCCUUGUCUAAUCAAAGCAAGGAGGAAGGAACUGAUGGUGUCUCGAGUAAAGGGAAGAAAAUAGAUGGUGCUCGGAAAAAGAAAAGAGUCCCUGAUCCAAAGGUUCAGCCUGGAACUUCAACAAGUUUUGCCAACGGAGAUCAUGCUGGAGACUCGCGAGCUCAUGAUGGGCUUCUGAAGAAGAAAGUCGUGGAUGGGGAGAAUGAGGUAGCAAACAAGUGCUCAAAUGAUAUGGUUAUGAGCGAAGAGGUGAAUGGGACGCCUCAACAGGAUAGGGAGCGUUACAAUGAUGAUCAUGAGAUUGAAACUACUCCUGCUGCCGCCGCCCAGGAGGAAGAAGACGAUGAUGAUUCUGAAGAUGAAGAGGAGGUUGAGCAUCCUGGUGAAGUUUCCAUAGGAAGAAAGCUAUGGACUUUUAUCUCAACUUGAUGAGGGAUCAUGCCUAUUUAUUAUAUGCAUAGAGUCCAAACAACUCCUUCCUUUUUGGUGUCAAAGAGUUGUUUGUUGUGUUAUCAAUUGUUUAUGGUAGCUAGUUUUAGUAGCGGUAUGUUAGAAGAUUGUUUUGCAGAUAAUUUGAUCAUGUAAACCUCGCGUUUCGUUUCUUGUUGUAAUGCGUCAUCAGACCUGACCUUCGAUUGUUCAUUCUAUUUAUGUUGUCUUGUUUGUGUGA